AUGUAUCUUUACAGAAAAAAUGGAUUAUUUAGUGAAUUAAAAGGAGAAAUGAUUAAAGAAUAAUAAUGGUAUAAUUUAUUAGCCUAGAAACUAUCAACCCUAUAAUAGAAAAGAGAUGUUUGGAUUCAAAAAAAUCUAAUGGCCAAUCAAAGGGUGCAUGAUGGAUAAUUUAACAACGAAUGGAGGGGCUAAAGGUAAUUUAAUGGGCUGUCGAGCAAUGAUGAAAGCAACCCUCAACCAUAACCUGGUUACUAUAGAAGGAAAAAAUUCAGAGAGUUUCCUCAAGGUUAGAGAAGAAGGAAUAAUAAAGCUUAAGGCUGAGUUCUGACAGAUGACUCAACCAGAUUUAUAGGCAAGUCUAGGUAGGUGAACUAGAACUUGUCAUAUGGGAAACAAAGUAAUAAAAAUGAUUAGAUCGUUUCCUUCAAUCACCAUAAUACAACUAAACACACUUUUAGAAUAACAAGUUGGAAUGUUGGCUCAAUAAAGAAAGGUACCAGUCAAAUAGCAAAAAAACUAACCGCGUAUUAUUUGGUCUAUAGGAGACACGAUAAAAUUCUGUCUAGAGCUCUCCUUCAUACACCUUUGUUCAUAAAGAAGGGAAGUCUGAACACUAAGGAGGAGUUUUAAUAAGAAUAAACUCAUGCUUUGACUUCACUAACAUCUCUGACAAGGUUACACCUCCUAAUCUUACAGAUUAUGACUACAUUGCUAUAAAUUGUAGAAACAGUUGCUUAAAUUUAAUGA